AUGGAAAUAAUAGAAUCAAAUAAAGGCAAAGACAAAUUAGCGUUCAAUGGCUAUAUGUACGUAAUGAAGCACGCAGGAAAAAAAUAUUACACAUGGAGAUGUAAUAAAAAGAGUUCUCUAAACUGUCCAGCUAUUCUCCACACCUCAAUAAAUAAAAUAGACCCCAUUCUCAAAGUUCAACAUCAGCACCCUGCUGAACAAUCAAAAAUCGAGAUUGCAAAAGCCAUAAACAAAAUUAAACAGAAUGCUAAGUGUUCUGGAGCUAAUCCGUCGCAGAUGUAUGCUGAAGCGGUAUCACAAUUAGAUGUCUACACUAAAGCAAGGAUGUCGGUCGAAAAUUCAUUAAAACGAACCAUACGAAAUUACAGAAAAAAGAAAAAUCUUAUCGAUCCAGCUUCACUAGAAGAACUUCAGAUUUUGGUAAGUCCACUGACAUUUAUAAGUGAAAUUUAA